AUGCAAUGCAGGGUGAGCUGCUGUGGUCAGUGGACCCCCGUCAGCCGCUCAGUGGGGGGUCCUCAGAGGAUCACACACACUCUGGGUGUGUCCUCUCCCAUCGACACAGUGUUUCACACGCUGCAACUGCCACGCACACACCUACAUCAUCAAGGGGGGAUCAGUUUCUGGCGUCUGGAUGGGAACAUGGUGAUGGAGCCAGGUUACCCCCGACCUCUGACCUCUGAGUUCCCCGGGCUGACAGGAAGUAUCCGCGCUGCGCUGGCAGUCCCCGCCACCAGGAGCUCACCGGAGAGUGUGUACUUCUUUAAGAGCGGAGACAUCAUGCAGAGGUUCAGUUUCCCAGCAGGCAGUGCGCCCUCCUGCAGCAACACCCCCAGCACCGCCCCGAAGACACGCUUCACUCUCCAGGCCGGUCUUCUGGGGGCAGAGGUCAACAUCAGAGUGUCUCUGAAGGGGUUCCCCUCCCCCGUCACCUCCGCCCUGUCCCAGCCCCGCCCUCAGAGGGGGGGGCUGUUCGAGCACUACGUCUUCUCUGGACCUCUGUUCUUCAGCGUCCACAUCUCAGGUGACCUGCUGGUGCUGACCGCACCUCCGGCCCCCGCAGCCCCGGCCCCCCCCGCCAAUCCUCAGCCCUGUUGUGUACAGCGACUUCGCCAACAUGGCCGCUCAGAAUGCUAA